UCGUUGCCGCGGUGAGACGAUUGUCAGCUGAUCUUCGGAGUCAGAGCUGAUUGGAAGAAGACAUCAGAUCACAAAGCAUGGAGAGAACAGCUGUGGCUCUUCUGAUCGUCGUCGGCUUGGCUACGAAAGGCUGCAACGGUGCCGGAUGCGGUUACCCCGGGGCUCCCGCUCACAGUAGCGUUCGAUUCACAGGACCAGACGCCGAGGACGUUAUAGAUGAGGAGGAUUCUCUUUUAAAGGACACGGUAUUCCCGGAGGGCACCGUGGCCACGUAUUCUUGCGAACGAGGCUUCGAACUCCUUGGACCUGCGCGCAGACAGUGUCAGAUUGACGGCUCUUGGACACCAGAUGGAGUACCAUUUUGCGUACUGAACGUUGCUGGAGGUAAAGCACCCAUGCAGUCGAGCAGCUCAGAGGGUGGAAUUCCGCAACGGGCUGUCGAUGGUAGCAGUGGACAAAUUUAUACUCCACAAACCUGCACCCUUACAAGGCCAGAACACAGGCCCUGGUGGUACGUGAACUUACUCGAGCCUUACAUGGUGCAACUUGUGCGGCUUGACUUUGGUAAACCAUGCUGUGGCGAUGGUAUGCCUGGAACGAUCGUUGUUCGUGUCGGAAACAAUCGGCCGGACCUGGGAACGAAUCCAAUUUGCAAUCGUUUCACCGGCCCCCUCGAAGAAGGGCAACCUCUUUUCUUACCCUGCAAUCCGCCAAUGCCUGGAGCCUUCGUUUCCGUACACUUGGAAGCAAACACGCCGGCACCAAUUCCAGUACAACUCUCGUUAUGCGAGGCUUUCGUGUACACCGAUCAGGCCCUUCCCAUCGAGAGGUGUCCGCAGUUUAGAGACCAGCCACCAGGCUCGACAGCGACCUACAAUGGAAAAUGUUACAUAUUCUAUAAUCGGCAGCCGCUGAUAUUCAGGGAGGCGUUGGCCUUCUGUCGUGCGCGAGGUGGUACCUUAGUGGACGAAAGCAAUCCAGCGUUGCAAGGGUUCAUUUCGUGGGAAUUGUGGAGGAGACACAGGAGUGAUACCUCGAGUCAAUACUGGAUGGGCGCAGUGAGAGAUCAAAAGGAUCGCACGGUGUGGAGGUGGACAGGUAGCGGCGAAGAGGUCUCCGUUUCUUUCUGGAGUCUGCCUCAAGGCACCGAGGAAGACUGUGCUCGAUACGAUGGUAGUAGAGGAUGGCUUUGGUCCGAUACACCUUGCACAGCUCGGUUGAAUUUCAUCUGUCAACACCAACCACGAGCGUGCGGUCGACCGGAGCAACCCCCGAACUCCACGAUGACAGUGACCACGAUAACAGAUCGAAAUUCCGGAAGCGCGUACGAAGUCGGGGCAACGGUGGAAUAUACUUGUAACGCCGGCAGUCUUCUUAUAGGGCCGUCGACUCGUACCUGCCUCGACACUGGCUUCUACAACGAGUUUCCACCGGUGUGCAAAAGCAUCGAGUGCGGUUAUCCAGCAAACAUAAAACACGGAGGCUACACACUUAUCAACAAUACCGUUAGCUAUCUCAGUCAGGUGCUUUAUUCGUGCGACGAGGGAUACGAGAUGACUGGUCGUGCAAGAUUGACGUGCGACAUCGACGAGCGCUGGAACGGACCGCCACCACGUUGCGAGCCGAUUCUCUGUGAUCCUCCUACACCUGUUCCACACAGUUACAUUCAAAUCGACGAGAUCGACGAAACCGAGACAGUACCAUUGAAGACGAACUUCAGUCGAAGCCUUCUUGUAGGUAGUAUCGUUACCUAUACUUGCGAGAAAGGUUACAGGCUCUCCGGCUUCCGACAAAUACUGUGUUUGCCUACUGGAUUGUACGAUCAUGUCGCACCCACCUGUACAGAAGAGCCGCGUACCACAGUGACCGCACCUCCCCGAUCAACGGUGCGAUCAACGACCAGCAGAACCCGACACACAUUCUUACCACCACGAGUCCGAACCACAACGAUUUCAUCGACCACAACCACGACCACCCCUGUGCCACCACGAAGAGUGUCCAGCACUGCCGAAUUACCGGCGACGGUUCGAGAAACCAUCGCGAGGAAACCGAACAUCGGCCUUCAGAGGCCUGCGCCGUCUUCGUCGCCGCCCUUGAACGACGACAGCAACGAUCAUCCUCAGGACAACGAGAUCUCCGGCAGUGGAGUGGACAAUGCACAGGUUGGCAUUGGAACCGGUGUCCCUGAACCAUCUGGACCGUACAGGGUGGACAACGCCGACCAGUCGUCGAGUAACACUCAUCAAGCGAAAUUAAAUCUAGGCGCGGUGAUUGCCUUGGGUGUCUUCGGCGGUUUCGUAUUCCUUGCCGCUGUAAUCACCACCGUUGUAAUACUCAUACGCAGAAAUCGCGGUCGGAGCAGCAAGCACUAUCGGCACCGUGCAUCCCCCGAUUGCAAUACCGUGGCCAGCUUUGGAAGUAGUUCCUCCGAAAGUCGAGGAGGCUUGAAUCGAUACUACCGUCAAGCUUGGGAAAAUCUGCACGAGACGACCGGCCAUAAGACCAAUCAUCCUCCUCUUCGUCGCAAGGAGACCCUGGAUGAACCAGGAUACCGAGAAAAUUACCGUGGCAACAACACCGAGAGAGAUGGCUCGGAAUUAGUUGUGAGCGACGUAGCCACGUAUCCGUCUAACAAGCACGCCAGCAUUUCCGACAAGAAACGCCAUCACCAUCAUCAUCAUCAUCACCACGGUAACUCUACGCCCGAGUGGAGGCAGUCCCAGUCCCAUCACAGAUACUGAACACCGGAUCUAUUACCUAGGAUACCUUAUUUCCUCAGGUUUUCGGUGAAUCGAUAACUGUAACGAGUCGCGAUUGGAUCACGAGCAAGCUGUUUUUUUUUUUUCACGCUCUGUGCGUGCUUAAUGAAUGGCGAAUGAUCAUGGAGAAUGAUGAUUUUAUGCCAAGAAAAUGUAAGAUAAAAAUUUUUUCUCUCUAUAUAAAAGCAAAAUCCAUCUCAGAAUAUUGUUGAGAUGGAUAGAACAUGCACGCAUAUUUUCUCAAAUACUUGGCAAACAUUUAAAAUCAUUCUCUUUCGAAAAUAAAUAUUUCAUUAUCUUACGUUUCAUUCUUUUCUUUUUUCAAUAUAAAAUCAUUAUCCACUCCGUUCUGCCAUUUAUAAAAUAAUCUGUAAACCCAUUUACAAUGGGAAUUUAAAAGAACAUGGUGAACGAUUCAAACGUUGCGUAGGAGAAUCUUGAAACGUGAACGAUAGAUAAAAAGAACUAAUUCAUCCUGCAUUUAUUGUUCUGUUAUACAAUAAAUCAUUUACGAUUAUCGUGUUACUGUUAAUGUAAAUACCGUAUACUGCAGUAGCGUAAGCCAGAGAGGGAAGUCGUGAAUGUGGAGGAUCACAUGUUGAUCGAAGGAUAUGCCAAAAAAAUGAGAGAGUAAUAUAUAUUAUAUAAUUACUGAUCAAACGAAUUCCAAUAAUUUUUUAUAUAAAUUAUUAUUAAGAAUAUUUGAUCACGGUAAUAUGGUAUAUUUUAUGAAAAUCGGUAACACUCGAUAAGAUCAGUAUCUGUUAUGGGCACUUUGGCCUCGCCUUAAAGGGCUCGAACAAAUUUCUCGCAGCGGAGCGAUAUUCGAAGAUGGUAUUGUUAAGGAAAGGCCGACGUUAUCCAUUUCAGAAUCAAAAUUCAUUUAGUUAUGGUGCUCAUU